AUAUAAGCAUUAUCAAGGUUGCAAAAGGAGGACAUUUCCAUUCCCUUGCUGUCUUGGAUGGUGUUGAUGUUGAAGAUGACCCAUCCUGCUCAUGGCCAGCAUCUUCACCUUCCAGUAAAGACCAGACAUCCCCAAGCCAUGGAGAUGGUUGUGACUUUGGAGAAGAAGAAGGGGGAACAGGCCUACCCUAUCCUUGCCAGUUCUGCGACAAGUCUUUCAGCCGCCUCAGCUACUUAAAACACCACGAGCAGAGUCAUAGUGAUAAACUACCUUUCAAGUGUACGUAUUGCAGCAGACUAUUCAAACACAAACGGAGUCGGGACCGCCACAUUAAACUUCAUACAGGAGACAAAAAGUACCAUUGUAAUGAGUGUGAUGCAGCCUUUUCAAGGAGUGAUCACCUUAAAAUUCACUUGAAGACUCAUACCUCCAACAAGCCAUACAAGUGUGCAAUUUGCAGGCGUGGAUUUUUGUCUUCCAGCUCUCUGCAUGGUCACAUGCAAGUUCAUGAAAGAAACAAAGAUGGGCCUCAGUCUGUAUCAAGAAUAGAAGAGUGGAAGAUGAAAGAUACUCAGAAGUGCAGUCAGUGUGAGGAAGGCUUUGACAUCCCAGAGGACCUGCAGAAACAUAUAGCAGAAUGUCAUCCUGAAUGCUCUCCUAAUGAAGAAAGAUCUGCUAUGCAGUGUAUUUAUUGCCAUGAACUGUUUGUAGAUGAAACAACACUCUUAAAUCAUAUUGAUCAAACCCAUAGUAGUGAAAAAAAAAAUUUGUGCAGCAUAUGCUCCGAGAGCUUCCACACCGUUGAAGAGCUCUAUAGUCACAUGGAUAGUCACCAGCAACCAGAAUCAAGUAACCACAGUAACAGCCCUUCCUUGGUUACUGUGGGCUACACUUCUGUAUCUAGUACCACCCCAGAUUCCAAUUUGUCAGUAGACAGUUCAACCAUGGUGGAAGUGCCAGCACCUUUGACAAAGUCUCGUGGUAGGAAAAGAACUGCACAGCAAACAUCAGAUGCCAGUGCUCCAGCCCCUAAACAGGCCAAGGUCACCUACAGUUGCACCUAUUGUAACAAACAGCUGUUUUCGAGCCUUGCUGUUUUGCAGAUACACUUAAAAACUAUGCAUCUAGAUAAGCCUGAACAGGCACAUACAUGCCAAUAUUGUUUGGAAACCUUGCCUUCACUAUACAAUUUAAAUGAACACGUGAAGCAAAUUCAUGACUCUCUAGAUCCUACUGCCUUGAUUGUUUCUGCCAUGCCUGCAGUGAUUUAUCAGUGUAACUUUUGUUCUGAAGUGCUAAAUGAUCUCAACACUCUACAGGAGCACAUACGUUGUUCUCAUGGAUUUCCAACUCCACCUUCCAAAGACAGCAACGCCUUCUUUUGCCCCCAUUGCUUCAUGGGAUUUCUUACUGACUCUUCAUUAGAAGAACACAUCAGACAAGUUCAUUGUGAUAUUAGUAAUGCUCGUUUUGGAUCACCACUUCUUACGACACCCAAAGAUCCUGUGGUGGAAGUAUUCUCUUGCUCCUACUGCACUAAUUCCCCAAUAUUCAAUACUAUUCUUAAGUUAAACAAGCACAUUAAGGAGAACCACAAAAAUAUUCCUCUUGCUCUGAACUACCUAAACAAUGGGAAGAAAUCCAGCAGGUCAUUGAGCCCUUUGUCUCCAGUUACCAUGGAACAAGCUUCUCUAAAGAUGAUGCAGGCUGUGGGCAGUGCUGCUCAGCGCUCUGCUGGUGAAUAUAUUUGUAAUCAGUGUGGUGCUAAGUAUACAUCUCUUGAUGGUUUCCAGACUCAUCUCAAAACACAUCUUGAUGCUGUUCUGCCAAAACUGACAUGUCCUCAAUGCAACAAAGAAUUUCCAAAUCAGGAGUCUUUGCUAAAACAUGUUACAAUACACUUUAUGAUUACAUCAACAUACUAUAUAUGUGAGAGUUGUGACAAGCAAUUCACUUCAGUGGAUGACUUGCAGAAGCAUCUGUUAGACAUGCAUACCUUUGUAUUUUUCCGUUGUACAUUGUGCCAAGAAGUCUUUGACUCCAAGGUCUCCAUCCAGCUUCAUUUGGCUGUGAAACAUAGCAAUGAAAAGAAAGUUUACAGAUGUACUUCUUGCAACUGGGACUUUCGGAAUGAAACUGAUCUGCAGCUGCAUGUUAAACAUAACCAUCUUGAGAAUCAGGGGAAGGUACACAGGUGCAUUUUCUGUGGUGAGUCCUUUGGUACAGAAGUGGAACUGCAGUGCCACAUUACUACACACAGUAAGAAGUAUAACUGCAAAUUUUGUAGUAAGGCUUUUCAUGCUAUCAUUCUGCUAGAAAAACACCUUCGGGAAAAACACUGUGUGUUUGAGGCCAAGCCUCAGAAUUGUGGUUCAAAUGGCACUUCUGAACAGGUCCAGAAAGAUGAUGUAGAGCUCCAGAACAUUCUGACUAACAGUCAAGAGUCACAUAAUAGCCAUGAUGGCAGUGAAGAAGAUGUUGACACAUCUGAGCCUAUGUAUGGAUGUGAUAUCUGUGGAGCUGCUUACACAAUGGAAUCACUGUUGCAGAAUCAUCAGCUCCGUGAUCACAAUAUUCGACCUGGCGAAAGUGCCAUAAUGAAGAAGAAAGCUGAACUUAUUAAAGGCAAUUAUAAGUGCAAUGUAUGUUCUAGAACUUUUUUUUCUGAAAGCGGGCUCCGUGAACACAUGCAGACCCAUUUGGGACCUGUAAAGCAUUAUAUGUGCCCAAUAUGUGGGGAACGGUUUCCUUCUCUUUUAACUCUAACAGAACAUAAAGUUACACAUAGCAAGAGCUUAGACACUGGGACAUGUAGAAUCUGUAAAAUGCCCCUGCAGAGUGAAGAAGAAUUUUUAGAACACUGCCAAAUGCACCCCGAUUUAAGAAAUUCUUUAACAGGAUUCCGUUGUGUAGUUUGCAUGCAGACUGUCACUUCAACAUUGGAACUCAAAAUUCAUGGAACAUUCCACAUGCAAAAAACUAGCAAUGUCUCUGCAGUGCAGUCAUCAGGGCGAAACCAGCACCUUCUCAAACUUUACAAAUGUGCAUCCUGCCUCAAAGAAUUCAGGUGCAAGCAGGAUUUAGUGAAGCUAGAUAUCAAUGGCCUACCCUAUGGUCUGUGUGCAGGUUGUGUUACUAUCAGCAAAAGUGGAAGUCCAAGUGCCAAUCCCACUUUGAACAGUAGGAGACCAAGCCUUAGCCAGCCUGAGGCUUUAAGUCCCAGUGACAAAAGUAAAGCAGUGAUUUCUAAGACAAGAUGCUCUAAUUGCAAUGUAAAAUUUGAGACAGAAAGUGAACUUCAGAACCAUAUGCAGUCUGUUCAUAGAGAUCUUGUUCCUGAUAGCAACAGUACACAGCUGAAAACACCACAAGUGUCCCCGAUGUCUAGAAUCAGCCCUUCUCACACAGAAGAGAAGAAGACUUACCAGUGCAUCAAAUGUCAGAUGAUCUUCUACAGCGAAUGGGAUAUUCAGGUUCACGUUGCAAACCACAUGAUUGAUGAAGGACUGAAUCAUGAAUGCAAACUUUGUAAUCAGACUUUUGACUCGCCAGCCAAGUUGCAGUGCCAUCUGAUAGAACACAGUUUUGAAGGAAUGGGUGGUACCUUUAAGUGCCCAGUUUGCUUCACAGUGUUUGUUCAAGCAAACAAGUUGCAGCAACACAUUUUCACGGCUCAUGGGCAGGAGGACAAAAUCUAUGAUUGUUCACAAUGUCCACAGAAGUUCUUCUUCCAGACAGAGCUGCAGAAUCAUACAUUGACUCAGCACAGCAGUUAGUAUGAAGAAAAUUCCUUCUGAAGAGCUCCUUCUGAGAAGAAAACACGAAUUAAAAAGUAAAAAGUGGGAUUAGGGAACACUUUGCACGGAAUGUUUCAUUGUUUAAUGUACAUUAUUUGAAAACAUUGUAUUGUAUCAUAACACUUGUAUUAUCAAAAUCUGUUGAAUGUUCAGGUGUUUUGAGAUUUUUUUCAGCACCAGAUAAAUUUCCUGUAUAUAAAGUGUUGCACAUGUAUUAUGUUGUCAGAGAUAUGAAAAUCAUCUUGUAAGAAAGAAAAUCAUAAAACUUGGGCCUGCAAAAAAAUGGUUUACAUAAAACAAAGAAAUAUUGAUAUGCUUUGUUGAAUGGAGAAGAGCAAACAUGGUUACCAUUUGCAGUUGCUAUCAUACUGUUUUAGCUUUGCCUUUAUUUUGAAUUUUCAUCCAUUGAAACCUGCUUUACAUGCACAUUGAAAGAGCAGGGUUCUCAUUUCAAGCACAAAAGUUUGGUCACUUUCAGACUGAAUGUCAGUUGAAUAAGGCCCAUAUAUAUUUGUAUGCCUUGCAGUAUGACAGCAUUACCAUAUAUGCAAUAGUUAUAUAGAUUUACACACUUUUUUCUUACAAAAAAAUCAUUUGAAGCUUAAAGUGUUCAAAAUUCAUUAAUAUCUGCACAGCCAAAUUUUGACUUAAUUUGAACUGAUAUGUAUGUUACUGUUAUUAUUAAAUGUUUACUCUGCAAUCUGAACCUGGAGAUUACUGGAGUUUUUCCAAUAUGAAAUAAAUCCAAUUUACCUUUACUUUUGAA